AAGAAAAUCAACGAUGGCAUCGUAUCCAUGUGCAGUUUUCCCCGAAGAAAUUGAUCCAUAUGUGCAAAGCAUUCGCCCGUAUCCAAUUGCUGAUAUAGGAAACAAAGGUUGGAUCGAACAGCAUGAAGUGUUGCAAAAGCUAUGCCAACAGGCUUUCAUCGAGGCGACUACCAAACAAGAAGAAAUUGUAAAGGAGCGAUUAAUACUGGAAGACAAAAUUCCGCUCCUCAUACACGAGCUGUAUAGCGUGCUGUUAUGGCGUACGGAAGUUUUACCGCGGUUAUUAGCGCUGAAGGAUCCGGAUGCCACCUUCGUACUUUACAGCGUCAUCUAUCAUGAAGUUAAUAUUUGUUCUUUGUUGGAAACCGUAUUGUACCAUCGCACCAGUUGCGAGGCUCUCGGUAGUACUGCACUUGAUUUGAUUGAUUAUUGCGCUCAAGCAAUCGGUCGUUUGAUUGGCUUAAUAGCGAACGGAUUUAACGAUUGUGAGGAUGAACUACCACCGAACGAACUGUUGAACGAAUCCACUUCCGAGGAAAUUGUACGAAUGGGACGCGGAAUGGACUUUCGCAUUGGAAUCAAAUGUCUCGGUAUAGUGUCGUAUAUCGUUGAAGGACUGGAACUGCUGCCACUUAGUGCCGCUACCCGUCUCAUUCGUGUCCACGAUUUUCCCUGCUUAAUUGCCGAAAUACUUCAUGCCAAACCGUGGCUGCGCCGUAACCGCGACGGUGUAUUUGAAAAAUAUCGCAAUGCUUACUGGAUGCCGGCUCACGGAGAUGCAGUGCUGAAGGUGACCGAAACCGAAGCCCAAUCAUGGUUCUGUCUGUAUCGAUUGCUAUUCAACAGUGAGCUUAUGAAAGAUUAUGAAAUUAAUGGAUACAGACAUCGAGAAAUUGGCAAGUGCGUCGGUCUAUUGAAUGAGCAGCUAUUAGACCAGUUGCCCGCGUUGAUUCCCAUGAAGCAACAUCUCUGCACCUUGCAGCUUACGAGAGAAAACGUCCCUACAGGAUGUGCAUCUGCUUCGCUUCUGAUGGAGGAAUUACCUGAACUACGUGAACAGCUUAUAAAAGCAGCCCGUCGAAUUGGUUGGCAGGAAAUCGCGGAAAAGCAGCGUAAAAUUUUCAUCGACCUUGGAGAUCAUGAAGUGCUUGAAAUGGCAAAGCGUAUUAGUGCGGCGUACAAUACUGAUCUGUUGGAGAGGUAUACCGAGCAGGAAGAAAUCUGUCGCAAACAAAAUGAAACAGAUCAUAUCGCGGCGAAGGUGUGCGGCAACUGCGGAACAUCCGCUACAAAGAAAUGCUCCAGAUGUUUGCAUGUUUUUUACUGCUCUCGUGACUGUCAACUACAAAACUGGCCUGAUCACAAAGAACUCUGCAGUCAACUGAAAUAAAAACUUAUGAUGACUGUUCUCGACCACGAACUCACAG